UUAUCUUGCUUGUAUUGUAUACGGUUCAGCUUAUGCCACUUCGGUUUGGAUGCAGCUGCGACGUAUUCAUCCCAAUUUCAACGUUGCAAUCCGUGUGCUUAUACUUAUUGUUCACUUCAAAGUGCUUAAACUAGACUCUCGAUUCUCUUCGUCUUCCUUCAGUGAUAGUCUCCCGUGAUCACACCAUAUAGAACGAAAAUAGCCAUUCUCUCUGUAUUAUGCCGGUGACACGGUUCGUACCUUCGAUACAAUGCAUUCACUGUCAUAAAGUUAUGGCGACUCGGGAGCUAAAUCAUCAUAUUCGAGAGAACCACAUUUUUGCAAGAAAUUUCCAGGCGUUGCAUGCCAGGAACUUUGGUUAUCAUGAUGCAUAUGAUGGUUCGCAGCGAUCAACAGUUUCUCCUAGCUCGUCCACAGGCAACUUGACAAGCGUUCCUUCUGAAUCGACCAAUACGCUGAGCACAGAAUCCGAUCUUACGCUGAGUACAGUUCCGAGCACACGGUUUUCUGUUUGGCAGCAGCAGAAUCCUGAUCGGCCUCCCGCACCAACGACCAUCGACGACAUUGCGCUAUCCCGUAAUCACCGAACGGACUCUCCCCAAACCCCUACACAGCAUCUUCGUAACUCAGUGAGGUUUCAGGUACAGGAUUUGGUGGAUGAAUUCGAGGGCUUGGACACAGCAGCGGGACAGGCAUGCAUCAAAGGGAUGCGGUGCAUGCCCAUUUUACCGACUUUGUACGCGCAUGUGUUUACGCACCUUAAUCUUUGUACCCCUGACAAGCCGAACCUGCUGGUUGACCUAGAGAAGAUGAGAAGAGACUGGACGUCACAGGGCAACAUGUGGUGUCUUAUAAAUUUCAGGGCCAUCAAGGACUUGUUGUCUGGAAUAAUGAGCCAGGCUCAAGUGAAGUUGCACGUCUGUAACCGAUCUCUCAACAGUCAGUCCAGACUACACCCGCUAGACAUUCAAGACAUUGGGGCUUUGAUUGCUGGUUGUUCGACCGACUCACAUGCUACUUCUCAGUUAAUGGCGCUCAAAGACGAUAAGGCCCAGUCUAUGCUAGACUUACUGCAGACAUUACUCGUAAUGAAGUCAGACCAAUUAGAAGGAUGGUACAAAUGUCGGUUCCUGGAUACUAUCAUCAAACUGUCGAAGAAGUCAAGCCAUUUUCCUCAAAGCCUGCAGCUUCGCCGAAUCGACAACCUGGAGCCAACCAACCUCCAUGGUGGAUCUGGAGUAAUUUCUAAAGGUGAACUACUCGGUCGCUUCGUAGCCGUGAAAGAGAUUCAGGCUGUCGGCCGCACCACCGAGCAGUUUCUCAAGGAUUUUUCGAACGAGGCAGUCGUUUGGUAUCACAUCCAGCAUGCUAGCUGCCUGCCAUUCUACGGUGUAUUCCAUCUUAAUGAUGGUGCACCUAGGACCUGUCUGGUGUCUCCUUGGAUGAAGAAUGGACAUUUGAACGCGUAUCUACAACGAACUGACGCUGAUCGUGCACCUCUGAUAUUGGACAUUGCGCGAGGUCUCGAAUACCUUCAUGGAAUGCAACCUACAAUUGUGCAUGGCGACCUGAAAGGGGUCAACAUUCUAGUCACAUCCUCCGGACGUGCGUGUUUGGCCGACUUCGGCCUUGCAACCACGCAAGACUCUCAAGCUCAGCUUCAGACCACCAUAAUCUCUGUUGCGGGAACCCCCUCUUUCAUGGCGCCUGAACUUUUGGAGGCACGUGCAAAUUCACGUCUCUUAUCAGCCCUGGAUAGACGCCCAUGUGAUAUAUUCGCAUUUGGCUGCAUAUCUUAUGAGAUGUACAAUGGUAUACGACCAUUCGGGGAGUUGUCCCCACAGGCAGUGGAUGCCAAUUUCAUGAUGGGAAGCCGUCCCUUGCGUCCUACGGAUAACGUGUGCCUUCAACGAGGACUGGAUGACGACAUGUGGGAUUUUGUCCAGAAUUUGUGGCACCAGGAUCCAAAGCUUCGAGCUACUGCUAACCAAGCCUCUUUGUGGAUGUCGCAAAAGAUGCACAUGGCAGGCAAAAGCACGGACAGACCACCUGCGGAAAUGGAGUGGGAUCUCGACUUUCUGACGGAAUGUACCACAGCAUUGACUGAUUUUGACCCUCUUUCUCUUGCAUGAGUAGCACCACAACUUCGUACCGAUGCUGAUUUCGCUGCCUGACGUAGAAUCAAGUAUACCAAACCUUCUGUUGCACGCCGUACCCGAUGUUGAAGCAUCAUGCACAUGCCUCACUGCAGCGGUGGCAGUAAGCCUUUUAGUACAUCUCUUCAUUUGUCUUGUGAUCUGUCCGUGUACCAGCUGCUUCUUGGCUUUAAGAACAUUUAUCUGAUAUCUUCACUGCAAUCAGAACAUAUCUGAAUGACAAGUCUAGACAAACUAAAUCAACG